UGGCUCCUCCCACGGACCCCAGUAUAAAGGCAAUUGGGGACACCGCCCUGGCCAGAGUCUCCAGGAUGCAGUGUGGUGGUCAAUUGCUGCUUGUUCUUUCUUCCAGCCAAUAAAAGCGUAUAUCUCGCCUCACGUCUCCAAGAGUUAUUAAUGGUGCAUCAGAAGUAUCCUGACAUUGCAUUGCAGUCUGCUCUGAUGGUACCUGCAGACAGUGGUUGACAUAGCCCAAUCCACUAUCAGGUUGUCACUUCCUCCCACCCUGUCCAUCUUCAAGGAGAAAGUACCUCAGGGAGGCUAAUGGCAUUGUCAAGGAUAGCUGCCACCCUGGCCAUUCCAUGUCCUCUCUUCUACCUUCUGGGAGAAGACACAGAAGCUUGUAAGUCCAGACAAUCAAACUUAAGAACGGCUUCUUAGCCACUGCUAUCAGGCUUUUGAGUGAAUCUCCACCUAAUCAGACCUUUCCCAAGUCGCUGCCACAUUCUGUUAUUCUUAGUUACUCCAUUAUUUUCACUCUGGUGUUUCUUUUUGCUUGGAUUUUGAUUCCACUACUUCCUAUACACCAUUCUGGUGUUUUGCACGCAAUAUUGUAUUUAAUGUCUCCUUAAGUUAUUACCACAUACACUGUUUACUUCAUGCGAUUAAGGAAUUUCCCUGGUGUACAAGACAAUAAACUAACGAAUCUAAAUCUGAAAGUGGAUGAAGAUUUUAGGUGAGCAGUGAACAGGUUUGCAGUGAACUAUCUGUUUGACAUUCUGCGUGAAUUUUAAAGCGAGAACUGCUCUGCCUGGUGAUUUUAUGUUUAUAAACUAUUCUAGUUGAGGAUCACAGUGAGGUUGCUCAUAUUAAGUAAAAUCAAAGCGACUUUGUACAUAGCAGUUCACAACACAGUACAAAAAUAUUUAGAUCCAAGGCAAAACACAUCUGGAACCUAAAGCCAACCAUAUCAAUUCCACAGUCCAUCCUGCAGAAUCAAAUAAUUCCCCUUCAAACCACACCAACUACACAGUUCAGAGGAUUAUGCAAAUCUCAUGAUAGUUUACAUUCCUGUUAUUCUCAACCGAAGCCUCCAGCACACAAACACACAACGUGACCUCAAUUUAGCAAUGCAGCUUUUAGAAAAUAAUUAAAAAAUGUUCCUCGAGGUCAGGAUCAAAUGCUCAAACCUUGGCUGCCAAUCUGCAUUAAUGCUUUUUAUACCUGCAAACAUCCUCGCCAGAUGAUCCUAUUAUACAAGUAAAUGAAUCACUAAUCCACAAGCUUCCAGAGAUCAUGGGCACAAAUGAGUAACGAUGGGUGUACUGGGGUUCAUUGGGAACUAAGCUUUUAUUCAAUGCAACAGAGAUAUUCCUGUCUUGGAAUAUAUCAGACAUUACCUAAGCAAAAGAAACUGAGGACAAGCACAUGUACGUAUAAAGCAGGUUUCAGAUCAUUUGCACAUCUAAAUAAUUGGUCAUUCAGAAACAGAACCUGGUUUAACAUUACCAGCAUUUGUCAUGAAAUUUUUUAACUUUGUGGCAGUGGUACAAAGUAAUACAGGAUAGUAGGAAAAAAAACAAUUACAGCCAUUACAUAUUUAUGUGUAUAUUAAAUAGUUAAGUUAAAAUAAGUGGUGCAAUAAUAGAAAUAAAAUUUAAAAAGUAGUAGGAUAGUGUUAAUGGAUUCAACGUCCAUUUCGAAAUCGGUUGGUAGAGGGGAGGAAGACAGUGCCACUGGGAAGAGAAACAGUGUCAAAACUUUUAAAGUCACAUCAUUGGAACAACAUUCAGAAUGUUUUGAUUGAGUGUUUUGAUCGUAAUUGAGAAGUUUUCACCAUAUGUUAAUGUGAAGAGUGAACAGUAAAUGGUUAAUCUUACUGCGAUCUGGUUUUCAUUGGCUGUGGUUUAUCCGGACGUUAAAUUCAGCGUUCGUUACACCCGAAGGAGAACGUUACAGUGAAAAAGCGGCAUUAUCAGGUGUUUCAAGUGCUGCAAUGUCAGCUCAAUCCAGCAUUAAGUCGACGCCGCCCAGCGACAGGGGCAGUAAACCGACAUCAAGUAAGCCCACCCGGGCGUUAUCAGGUGUUCCAAGUGCUGCAAUGUCAGCUCGAUCCGGGAUCAAGUCGAUGGCACCCAGCGACAAGGGCAGUAAACCGACAUCAAGUAAGUCCACACAGGCAAGAGCCAAGGCAGAAGCCGCCAAGGUGCGACUGCAUUACGCCAAACAAGAAGCAGUUUUGAAAAUGAAACUGGCCACCAGAGAAGCCGAAAUCCAGAAAGAAAGGGCCGCCAGAGAAGCCGAAAGGGCCGCCAGACAAAGAGAAGAGGCUGCCAGAGAAGCCGAAGAGGCCGCCAGACAAAGAGAAGAGGCUGCCAGAGAAGCCGUAAUCCAGAAAGAAAGGGCCGCCAGAGAAGCCGAAGAGGCUGCCAGACAAAGAGAAGAGGCCGCCAGAGAAGCCGAAACCCAGUUGGAAAUGGCAAAAAUAUCGACAGAGUUGCAAAUGCUGCAGCUAGAAAGAGAAGAAGAAGCUGCCAUGGCAGAAGCAAAGUACAUAAAAGAAGCUGAAGGGUCGCGUGAUCUGACCGAAGCAAGAUCUACUUUAGAAAGGACCAGACUGGAGCGCACAAGCGACUAUGUACAAUCUCAAAUAGACAGGCAGGCUCGUCCCCCCUCUCCAUACGUAUUCGAUAACUUCCCCAGCUACGAGGAACCUCAGAGAGUCACGAUUGCAUCACAUCCAUACGAGGAAGGAAAUUUACCCUCACGGCUCCGUGAUGAAGUCAAGAAUGAAAGAACCGACAACGCUCCUUCACCCCCACAACAGGACGGCGGGGAGGGAGAGGUUCACUCCAGGACAACAAUUGUCAGCUCGAACUGUACAGAAGUUUGCGGUCAAACUCAGUCAAGCCAUUCUUGUUCCAAGAUAUGCCUCACUAAGGUGUACCCUAAAGAAGCACAACAAGACAUUACCAAGCGUAAAGUAACCGACGAGACGCUAGGUCAGUCAGUUUUCGUUCAAACCGAGCACGGAAACAAACUUGCACAAUCAGCUCAAGAUACCAUUUCUUUAAAACCCAAAGACACCAAGGUCUUCAGAGAUGAAGCAAAUAAUGGGGUUGCCCCAUUGCCUUUCAGAGAACCACGCCAGCGCUCACCAGAUAACAAAGAGCAGGCAGUCAAACGGUUCACGUCCUUACGGAAAACCCAGAAAAGGAAACCUGCGAUGCAGCAACGCACCCGAUUGGCCCACGAGGUACUGUGCACCCUAAUGGCAGAGGUCACAGCCAUUAUAAACGCACAAUCAUUCCUACCUGUGUCUUCUGACCCAGAAAACCCCUUUAUACUUUUGCCAUCAACGCUCCUUACGCAGAAGGCAGGAGCACCUCCUCCACCAGGAGACUUCUCAGACAAGGAUUUGUACACAAAGCAAUGGAGACAAGUCCAGGCUCUGGCAAAUCAGUUCUGGCCUCGCUGGAGACAAAAAUAUCUACCUUUGUUGCAACAGAGACAAAAGUGGACAGAACCCCACAGGAAUCUGGCCAACGGCCAGAAUCACUGCUACAUUCCCUAGCGGGGAUGGACAUGUCAGGAAGAUCGAAUUGAAGACUACCGACCAAGGCGAUGUGAAAAUUUACCAAAGGCCAGUUACAGAAGUUAUUCUACCUCUACCCAAUGACUGAUUAAGAGAUUAAGUUUGUACUCUGCUCAUUGUGACCUUACGAAGGUCAAGCGGGGAGUGUGCUGUCUUUACGACAGUUAUUUAGUUUAUAAUAUUUUCGCUUAGUAGUUCAUUCAAUAGUAUUUUCUAGUUAGAAUUAGAAGUGUUUAAAGUGUAUUCAUUGCAUGUAAAAUAUAUCGGCAUGUGAUGACGUCACAUCCGGUUUCGCCGCGUCUUGUGGGAAAACACCGGUUUGAAAUUAGCGCGAGGGUGGGGGCUUUCCACGAGGCUCACCGGAGCAGAAGUUGUUUUGCAGGCAUGAGAAAUCACAGUGAGAGCA